AUUCAAUUGAUCAUUUUAUCAUCCCCUCUAUAAGAGUUCCAUUUCAAGAUAUAAAGUUUAUUCGAGUCGAGUGAAUAGUGUGAAGGUAGGUAACUCAAGUCCUCCGUAGAUACAACCGCCAAGCUAAAAGUCAUCAGCCCACCCAAUCCCCCCGCGCGCCGCUUAAUUAUCCGUCCAUGGCCCAAACGCCCAUCAAUUAAUUCAAAGCUUCCACAACCUUAUCACUCCCAACCAAUCAAAAGCACAAAUUCCAUAAACAAGCUAUCCAUCGUCGCGGUCGUCGCGCAAACCAAAAGCUCCUCAAUUAAAGAGGCAGUCGAUGUCUCUUUAAGUACCUGCAAAUCCCCAAAGUCUGUCCAUCUGUAGCCAGCCUGCCGUCAACUCACCGUCACAUAACACCCGAGGGUUUUCAUCUCGUCUCCAGGAUUCGAGGAAUCGAGUCGACCGUACCCAUAACUCUCUCCGCCUCCCCAUACAGUUCGCGCCAAUUAAUCUGGGGACUAGAAAGUGACCGGAGGAAUAUUUAAUACGUUCAAUCUCGCGACCUUUCGAGGUCUUUGCCCACGUACAACCUCAGCACCGAUUGGGAGAAGCAAGCAUAAAAACAAAAAUGGAUCCUCCACCACCCGGCUCGUCCCAUGGACAGCAGCAGCAGCCAUCCGCUUCACAACAACGUCCGGCACAGCAACCUGUUUAUGAUACAAGUCAAGGAGGUCAUUAUGGUAUGUUUAAGUUUUCCAGUCAUACAAAUUCGAUACGCUGUUGGAUUAAGCAAGUACUAAUUCAUUCCGCGAAAUAGGUGCCAGUGCUUUGGUAAGAAAUACUUACAUGUGCGUAUCGAAUUCUACUAAUACUAGAGUAGCUAUCCCAGCAAGGUUUCGCACCCGUCCCAGAAUUCUACACAGGAGCGUGGGCAAAUGUAAGAUUAAUUGUCUAGAUACCGAAAGGAUGAGAGCUAAUUUGGUGGCUAGGUCAACCAGGGUCUGCAUGGACAAUACAAGGACAUUCUCACAACCUAUUGGCAACAAAUCAUCAAUCAUCUCGAAGGCGAUACUCAUGAUUACAAGCUUCAUCAGCUUCCCCUUGCACGUAUCAAGAAAGUCAUGAAGGCGGAUCCUGAAGUGAAGAUGAUUUCCGCCGAAGCCCCAAUCCUAUUCGCCAAGGGAUGCGACAUCUUCAUCACGGAACUCACAAUGAGAGCAUGGAUCCACGCCGAAGAAAACAAGCGCCGAACCUUGCAACGAUCUGAUAUUGCUUCUGCAUUGGCCAAAUCGGACAUGUUUGAUUUCCUAAUUGAUAUUGUUCCUCGUGAAGAAGCCGCAGCUCAUGCAAAGAGACCUUCUGCCUCGGGACAAUCUGCACCACAAAUUCCCGGCGCUGCUCCUGGUUCAGCACAGCUCCCUCCACAACAAUCCAAUAUCCCUCAACAGCCUGGCCACCCCUCCCAUGCACAAUCUAUGCCUCAAGAUUAUUCCCUUGGUGGCCAUGGUAUUGCUGCUGAACAGGACCCAUAUCGUCACCAACCCAACAUGUAUCAACCACAAGUUCCUCCAAACCAAGCUGGCCAGUAUGGUGCGCAACAGCCGUUGUAUGGUGAGAUGGGUGAGAUGUACGGAUAUCCAGCCAUGCCACCGCCUCAACAGGUUCGUUUCCCAUCCCAAACCUGACGCAAUUCGCACUUUCCUAACCCUCAUCUAACAAAGCCCUAGCAAAUGUAUCAAGUUCCGCACCAACCUCGACAAGACCCAUCAGUUGGCACCGACGCCACACACCAUUACGCACGUCAGGAAGGUGGUGAAGGUGAUGCUGAUGCUGAAGGCGAGCGCGAUUAUGAGGUCGGAUAAGACGAGUUGUCAGGUCCAUAUGUUAGUCGCUGUUGAUUGCCAGAUGUGAUAGGCUCGGAGUUCGGAGAAAUUAUGAUAUCUUCUUUUGGGUAGCUUAGCUUUGUUUUCUUUACGCAAGAAUAGGCGCAGGAGAUUUUAAUGUGAAAACCACAAAAUUUUCCCUGAAACAUUCCGUGUGGUUCUAAAAAAGGGUUGAUGCCUUGAAAUGAUUGCCAAUGGAUAUAUUAGCGACACGUACAC